AUGGCAGCUAGACAUUGCUUUGCAAACGAAGCGGAUUUGAGGCGUGAGGUUUGUUCCCUGAUCGCCCAAAAGUCAUCAGAAGCUAUCAAAGAUCAUGGAUUUUUUACGAUCGGUUUUUCAGGUGGAAGUCUGCCGAAGAUCGUUUCCCCCGGUCUGUUAUCGCAAAAGAUCGACUUCUCGAAGUGGCGAGUGUUCUUUUGCGACGAGCGGUACGUGCCAAUAUCAGACCCUGACAGCAAUUAUCAAGCAGUAAAGCAACACUUUUUAGAUAAAGCUUCUGUAGGAGAGGUAUUAAUCAUCAAUCCUGAUAUUGCAUUGGAUGAGGCCGCGAAAGACUAUGAAUCUCGUCUGAAGAGCUGGUACUCUGGCAAUGACCUCCCUUCUCUCGACAUGCUGCUGUUGGGAAUGGGGCCAGAUGGGCACACCUGUUCUCUCUUCCCUGCCCAUGCUUUGCUUGAAGAAACAUCUCGCCUUGUAGCACCGAUUUCUGAUUCACCUAAGCCGCCUCCCUGUCGGAUCACGCUUACGUAUCCAAUCAUAAAUGCGACCAAGUGUGCAGUGUUUGUGAGUACAGGAGCUAGCAAGGCCAGUGUUCUUCAGCAAGUGUUGGAGGGCGACACCACAGAGCUGCUUCCAGCUGCAAGGGUGAAGCCAGCUUGUGGUGAACUGCACUGGUUUGUUGAUGAUGCUGCAGCUAGUCUUUUGAAAAAGACCUGA